AUGGCCCACAUUGCUACUGUAGAAAGAGAAUACUCAAGUGUGAGUAAAAGACGUACUUCAAAAUCUGCUAAUGGUACUGUUACUAUCGAAGUUGAAAGGGAAGAACAUGAGGAAAUUAAACUUUGUCAUUUCCAUGAAUUGCCUGAUUGGCAGAAGGAUAAUGAAUUUAUUCUAACUGGUUAUGUUCGUGAAACUAACUCCAUUAAAAAAUGUUUACGUUCUUUGGGUUGUUUUAAUAACGAAUCAAUUAAUAUUUAUAGUCAUUUGAUUGCUGCUAUAUCAUAUUUCGUAGUGUUACUGUUCUACACUGAUAUACUAUGUAUCCCAUCAUUUCCAUCGACUACUUUUGUAGAUUAUAUGGUCAUAGAUUUAUAUUUACUGGGUGCCUUCACUUGUUUGAUCGGUAGCAGUCUUUUCCAUUGCAUGAAACAACAUUCAGAAUCACAUUCAGAUAUGUGGAGUAAAGUCGAUUACAUCGGCAUUAUUUGCCUGAUUACUUGCUCGUUGAUCUCUUUGUUAUACUAUGGCUACAUGGAUCAUUUCAUCUAUUUUAAGGUUUUCACUGUCAUCACUUUGGUUUUGGCAACAAUCUGUACAAUUUGUGUCUUGGAUCAAAGAUUCAAUUCCAAAAAUUUCAGACCUAUUAGAGCAGGUUUCUUCAUUUUGUUCUCAAUGAGUGCUGUUAUCCCAAUUGGUGCUGGUUUCUCCAAAUUUGGUUUCACAGAAGUACUUCAAAGAAUUCAAUUAAGAUUCGUCGCAUGGGAAACUUUCUUCUAUGUCGUCGGUGCCUUAUUAUAUGGCUUCAGAAUCCCAGAGACUCUUUACCCUGGUAACUUCGAUCUAGUAGGUAGUUCUCAUCAAAUCUUCCACAUUAUGGUCAUUUUAGGAUCUGUGUUCCACUUGAAAGCUGUGUUGGGUUCUUACACCUUUAUGCAUUCAAACAUCAGUUCUAACUCAUUCACUCUAUCGUCAUAA